AUGUAUCUACCCACCGUUGUAGCAGUCUUAUUGAAGCUUGCAUGGAGCAUAGUCUUCGCGUCUACGAAGAUGAUGGAACCAUUCUAUCUGCUCUCGAGGGACGGAGGCGCUUCAGCCAAACAUUCUCUUAUCGCGGACUAUCUCACUUCAACGCUUUCUCUUGAUGGAAUACGCAACCUGUUUGCUGGUCACCCCGUUGUCAUUUUGGCUAGCUCAGCUUACAUCUGCAUCAGCAUUCUUCCUGCAUUGGCUACGCAGUCUACAACAAUCAGGGCAGUUGGAGUUUGCUACUAUGCAACAGGCCAGUCCCCUUGCCAGCCAAGGUGGGAGUUGAACAUUACCUAUGCGAGAGUGCUGCAAUGGAUAUUGUCCUUCACAGUACUAAUAAUUCUUGGGAUGAUGAUCCUAUCCGCACGCCGACAGAGUGGAGUUUUCUCGAACCCAUCAUCUAUUGCAUCCAUGGCCGCUCUACUCGGCAACGACGAGUUUAUCGCCGAGAUUCGGAAAAUACCUCAAAAUGCUAGUCAGUCAUCCAGCCAAAGCUACCUUGAUCCUUUUACAUUCAAGCUAGCAGGAUAUGCAACGGUGGCUGGUCAUCGCCGCUACGGGAUUAUUAAGAUCCAGGACCCAUCGCAUCGUCCGAAACUUGAUACGUCUGACCAACACCAAUGCCCUGCGCGCUCAAACACGUCUCCACAUGAAGAUUUUGCAUCUAAGACGCAUGGUUCGAUCUUCAGUCACUUUCUCAUUGAUGUGAUCUUCCUGCUAGCAAUACUCGGGCUCCUCUCUACUACUGUGGCUUACUAUCUGGUUCACGAAGACAAUGGGUUUAACAACUUCUUCAAUUAUCACCCAUUGCGUACGUUCGUGCUUACGCUGACGGCCAGCAUAAUCGACGGCCGCUGGAAGCAACUGGAGCGCGAGGUUCGACUCAUGACGCCCUACCGUCACUUAUUCCGCGGUUACGCCGAACCUGACACUACGAUCCUAGUGACACAGAAUGCUACAGCUAUCACCAGCUUCUUCUCAGCGCUGUGGCACGGGAAUUUCUUCCACGCUUUAGUGGCCGGCGUUGCAGCGUUGUCCGACGUCCUCAUCAUAGUGAUCGGCAGCGUACCACAUUCAUCCGCUCAGUUUGAAAUGGACUACGUGGUCUGCAUCUACGCAAGCUGGGUUAUCUUGGCCGUAAUGGCGGUAGUGAUGCUGGUGCUUUUCAGGUGGCGAGCGCUGAACGAAAAAAUGACAAUCCCGACCGAUCCGAACACCCUGCUCGCGCUCUGCCAAUUGUUGUGCAAUAGGGACAACGGGUUGCGUGAAGAGAUGGCGGGGCUUGAGACCAUGGAGAGCAGUGUGAGAGAUGAGAUAACCCGGUCGAACCACACGCGCUACUGGGCUGGUUGGAUGACGGAGCCGGAUUCGUCACGAAGAUGGAUUGUUGAGAAAGAGAAGUCGUCCAAGAUGUUGACGGGUGGACUAUGA